UUUGUAGUUGUAGUUGUCGUUAUCAUCAAGGAUGCCAUAAACAUUGGAGGUCUAAAAAACGUGUCCUCUGCAAAGUUUGUAAUAAGCCUACUAGUUCUAUACCCAAAGCAUAUAAAAAUCAUGCUG